GCUCAGGGAAGAGCAGCAUCAGUUUCUCUCUCCAUCUUUUUUCUUAAAUGUUUUUGCCUUCUGUUUUUGCGGCUCAUAACAAACAUCCCAGUUCAUUCAAACAGAAGACGCGGGAAGAGUUUCGCGGCAUAAUCUCGGCCGUUCAUUCCCGGGACGGUUAGUGACGGUUAGGCGCUCAGCUCGCGCGCGGAUCAGAAGCAUGUGAAGCACCGCUGGCCGAACCGAACCGAACCGAACCGAACGGAAGCGGAAGCCCAGACUCCCGCCGGGGUGAUCGCGCGCGGAUCGGAUGGAUUGACGAGGAGCGGCUCAGGUGCGGCAGGAUCAGCAUGAGGGAUCUUCAGAGAGUUCUCACUCAGGUCCUGCUGCUGGUUCUUCUCCUGGUUCUCCUGGGAUCUGCAGCACAAUCCAGAGAACAUCAGGCGGUGCGGACGGGGACGUGCGAGGUGGUGGCGUUACACCGGUGCUGUAAUAAGAACAAGAUCGAGGAGCGCUCGCAGACCGUCAAGUGCUCGUGUUUCCCGGGACAAGUAGCAGGAACCACCAGAGCCGCUCCGUCCUGCGUCGACGCCUCUAUAGUCCAGCAGAAGUGGUGGUGUCAGAUGCAUCCGUGUCUGGACGGAGAGGACUGUAAAGUGCUGCCGGAUCUGAAAGGAUGGAGCUGCGCUACGGGGAAUAAGAUCAAGACCACAAAGAUCUCCUCAGACCGGGAUCAGCUCUGGUAACCGCUGGAAACCUGAUACAGACGCUCAUCUGUUGUGUCUCGAGGAUUCGUUCAGAGGCUCGGUGGACUCUCAGCGCUGGUUUGUGACGUGAAUCAUGAAUCAUGAAUCAUGAAUCAGCGGCUCUUCUCGUUAUUAACCGUGACUGAGCUGAUGGAUCAGGAUCCAGACCGAUGAAGGUCACGGAGUCCCGCCAAACCAUCCACUUCAUCAGUAUCCAGAUAAAUAAUGGAUGAACAGUUUGUUCCCGCGCUUCUUGAAGUUCUAAUAUGAAUGUUUAUAUAUCCUCAUAUCAAAGAAGACUCCAGCAGAUGCUUUAUCUGUGUGUAAAUGAUACAGAGGCUUAUAAUAAACCAUGAUUGUCUUAA